GUAAAAUUGUAAAAUUAAACUCUUUUUGUAUUACUGAGUGCAACAACCUUUUUCCCAGGGCCUACACUGUGCUUAUUGACAGGUUCGUCUCGAAUCUCAGUGGUAAUUGUUAACAUAAAAUCUCCCUAGCCACAAAACUAAGUUCAUAUUAAAACUCUUUUAGUAAUUUUUGCGUUUAGAUUUCGUCCAGAUGUUGUACAGCAUGUUCAAGUUUGACUGGCAGGAGAGGAUUACUUGCGAAGAGUUAGAACGACAUGCAUGGUUCCAAGGAUUGAGAAUAGCUGGAGAGGAAUUUUAUGAGGUCUUUGUACCAGAUGAACCAGCAUCUAUAACAUCUGGGUCGUUAACAUCCCUACCAACUGUGUCAAUAACGGCACACAAAGAUUCUCAAAGAAGCAACAACACCAGUCGUCCAGGUCUUCUGGACGGCAUUAGAGAUUUGUGGAAGCUAGAAAGCUCUAUCGACGUAAACGCCCUCGGAGAUAUUAAACAUCUAUGGUCUCCAAAAAAUAACACCACGAUCGACAUGAGCUUUCUGGUGGACGUUCGAAACCUUUGGAGUCAAUCAAGUUGCGAGGGCGCUAAUGUUUUGGCUGAUAUCCGACAUCUAUGGAUUGUAAAGCAUUCCUUUGAUGUCAGAUAUUUAGCCGACAUUAGGCAACUUUGGCUCCAUAAAAGUUUUCAUGAAAAAACGAAGAAUGCAGAUAAGGAAAGUCAGGUAUUCAACACAUCAUAA